AUGUCAAACGAUCAGCCCGAUGACGACGCCGCGAACGAUACAGAUCUGCCUACGGAUAAGUACGACCUGUUGGAAAAUCUUAAUGGUAAACGAUUACGCAUCCCGGCUGUGACGUCCGACCAGAAAGCUGCGACGAUCGAGUUUAAAGUGAGGGACGAGGGGGGCAAAAAGAAGAACUCGGCCGAUCGAAAAGGGAACGACGAUGAGUCUCGUCUGUCCGGCGACAUCUGUAGGAUAUGCCAUAUGGGCAGUUCUCCAGCUUUCGACGAAAAUCGAGUCGGUCGUGGAAGACAGAGUCAGCCUAUUCGAAGAGUCGACAGUCAAACGUCGACUUUAUCAUCCUACGCAUAUCUCGGCCCUUUGAUCGCGGCUUGCAAGUGUCGCGGGACAGUGGGGUUAGUUCACGCGCAGUGUCUCGAAAGAUGGCUGACAGAAUCGGGUCACACGAGAUGUGAGCUUUGUGGCUACAAAUACACUACUAAAAGGGUACCGCGUCACAACAUCUUCCGUAGUGUCGCAAUAUGGUUCAAUACCGUGAUAGUGACUCGACAAAUGCUUCUGGAUAUAUUGUACUUGGUAGUCACCACACCACUAGCCUUAUUCUCCUGUUACAUUUGCAUUCUGGCUCUGAGAAUGUUACUAAAACAUGGCCUACAAGAAAUGCCUUGGAUGAUCGUUGCCAUGCUUCCUACUUGUUCCCUAACUCUCAUUGCGUACUGGGGUUGGAUAUUAACUUUGGCCAGACUGCACGGGCGUAGAUGGCGCCGUUACUGGAGGAACAAUUUCGUCAUCCGUUUGAUCCCCGAUGACUCGAUCGUCGCAGAAGCGAAUCCAAGACAAGAGGAGAACUUUGACAGCCAGUUGCAUCAGAGAGAAACGACGUGA